GAGUCAGACAACGUGAAUCAGCAGUGAGGAUUUUAGGCACCUAUAAUAGCCUCGCAUUAAUUGAAAGCGUGGGAGACAGAUUUUCCGAAUCUCUUUCUCGCAAAGAUACAAUUCAUAUGGUAAUGUGUUCCGUUCUUUGGGUCGAUGGGCUCUUGAGACUCUCUUCUUGGUUGGUGGGAGUGGACUCGCUAUCGCCCUGCCCCUCUCUCUCAGUUGAUGGGUUCUUGAGGCUCUCUCUACAAGCACACAGAUAAUAUAUUUGGUUUUGAUUGUGGUCUCUCUCUCUCUCUCUCUCUCUCUCUCUCAAAGACACUUGUUGGGUUGAUGGGUUCCUGAAAUUCUCUACAACAUACAUAUAAUAUAUUUGGUUUUGAUUUUGGGCUCUCUCUAUAUAUGUAUGUCUAUCUAUUCAUCUUAAUAUAAUCUAAUAUAAUAUUCUUGGAUUGUUGAGAAAGAGGUGUUUGGUGGACUUGUAAGUAGAGAAAAAUGAGUUGGGUGAUGGGCGUUUGGGUUUUGGUGGGAUUUGGAUGGUGCUGGCUUUGUUGGUGGAGAAAGAAAAAUGAGAUGAAUGGUGAAAGAUCUGGGAUUCCCAACGGUAGCAUGGGCUGGCCUUUUAUAGGAGAGACUCUCGACUUCAUUGCUUCUGGUCACACUUCUCGCCCUGUCAGUUUCAUGGACAAGCGCCGAUCUCUAUAUGGGAAGGUGUUCAAAUCUCAUCUCUUGGGAAGACCCAUUAUCAUUUCCACUGAUUCUGAGGUGAACAAGGUGAUUUUAAGGAACGAUGGGAGGACUUUCAUCCCUUACUACCCGAAAUCAGUUACUGAGUUGUUGGGCCAAUCCUCCAUAUUGAAAAUCAAUGGAAAUCUGCAAAGGAGAGUGCAUGGGCUCAUAGGAAGCUUCUUGAAAUCACCCCAAUUGAAGACUCAGAUAACACGAGAGAUUGAGGAGUGUGUUGAACUAUCAAUUGGGAAUUGGAAAGAAGGCCAGUUGGUUCACCUGCAGGAUGAAACCAAAGAUAUGACGUUUCAAGUAUUGGUUAGGGCGUUGAUGAGUACUGGUCCAGGUGAAGAAAUGAAGUUUUUGCAGAGGGAAUUUCAGGAAUUUGUUGAAGGUUUGAUAUGUCUGCCUGUUAAGUUUCCUGGGACGAGGCUAUACAAGUCAUUGAAGGCUAAGAAGAGAUUGUUGAAGUUUGUGAAGAGUAUUGUGGAAGAGAAGAUGAAGAGAACUGAAAAGGAUUCUGUCAUGGACGUCAUUGAUGUGUUGUUGAAUGAAACAUGCGACAUUAACGAGCAGCAGUUAUCAAUCGACUUCAUCUGUGGAAAUAUAAUAGAGAUGAUGAUACCGGGGGAGGACUCAGUGCCUAUGAUUAUGACCCUUGCGGUGAAAUAUUUGAGUGAUUGCCCCCUUUCUCUAAAAGAUUUAAUGGAUGAGAAUACGAGGCUGAAGAGAGAGAAAACCCAUUCAGGUGAACCUUAUACUUGGACUGAUUACAUGUCGUUGCCAUUUACCCAAAAUGUGAUUAACGAAACUCUACGGAUGGCGAAUAUUAUCAAUGGGGUAUGGAGAAAAGCUCUCAAGGAUGUGGAGAUUAAAGGUUAUUUGAUUCCCAAGAGCUGGUGUGUCUUGGCAUCCUUCAGUUCCAUUCACAUGGACGAAGGGAAUUACGAGAACCCAUAUCAAUUCAAUCCAUGGAGAUGGCAAGGAAAAGAAGCAUCCAUCUCUAAUAACUUCACUCCAUUUGGCGGUGGGCAAAGGCUUUGUCCUGGUUUGGAGCUCGCAAGACUCGAAGUUUCCAUUUUCCUUCAUCAUUUCAUCACCCGUCAUAGAUGGGUGGCCGAGGAGGAUUCCAUUGUCAACUUCCCAACGGUCAAAAUGAAAAGGAGACUGCCCAUCAGAGUCACACCUAUAUCUACUUAACUGGGUCCCAUUUCACACCGGGACAUGGAUAUCUCUGGGUGUAUAUUUCCAUCAAGACUCUGUAUUUCACCCUAAUACAACUGUCAUAAGCUUUUUGAGUCAAGUCCUAUGAAGCUGUAAAUGAUGAUGGACCAUUUCAGCUGGUAUUUUAAUUCCAGCCAUAGGUUUGCUAGAAUACAUCGCGAUCACCACUACAGUUAUAGGAUAGUUGGUGACUAUAGCCAUUCAAUCUGGGAUAAUGUAUUGUUUGUUAAUCCAAACCGUUUACUAGAUCGACCUCAGCUUGGAUGGAGAUAGCUGAUCAUAGAACUCUUAUGUUGGAGUAUUAUAACACUUUGAGCA